GGCCCCGUUACUGUUACUCGUCCUCUGCUGUGCUAAAUGACGUCGACGCCCGACUGUUGACCUCUCUAAUCUGUUUAAACAAACAAUUUUAUCAAACCUUCGCCAUUGUGUAAUCGUCGUAUAAUUCCGUAAUUCGUUUUCGUGUUUUCUCACGUUUUUCGUUCAACGUCUUAUUACGUCUUUCGACUUCACCAGACGCCAUUCACGCGUACUGAGUUAGUAAGUACCUACUUACCGCCGGGCCCGUAAAUUCAAAAGUUCACGCGAUCCGUUUCGCCUCAACGCGGCGUCUGUCUGACACUCGUGAACUUUUUGGUCUGUCACCAGCUCGGUUUGGUUUUUGAUUUCAGUGCUGACCAUUGAACCAUGGCUCGUACUAAGCAGACCGCUCGUAAAUCUACCGGAGGAAAGGCCCCGCGUAAACAGUUGGCUACCAAAGCUGCCCGCAAAAGCGCGCCCUCCACAGGUGGAGUUAAGAAACCUCAUCGUUAUCGUCCCGGUACUGUCGCUCUCCGCGAGAUCCGUCGUUACCAAAAGUCCACCGAGUUGUUGAUCCGCAAAUUGCCUUUCCAACGUUUGGUUAGAGAAAUUGCACAAGAUUUCAAAACAGACUUGCGUUUCCAAAGUGCGGCUAUUGGGGCCUUGCAGGAGGCUAGUGAAGCAUACUUGGUUGGUUUGUUUGAAGACACCAACUUAUGCGCUAUUCAUGCCAAACGUGUCACCAUUAUGCCGAAAGACAUUCAGUUAGCCAGACGUAUCCGUGGUGAACGAGCCUAAUUCAUCUUCAUAAGUGAAUUUUUAUUAUCAUUUGAUAAUUUCUGUUACAUUACCUUUAUACAUAAUUUUUUUUUUUUUGUCAAAAAACUAACAACUAUCAAAUGUAUGGGUUUAAUAAUUUAAUGUUAAUAUAUAGGAUACCUUAUUUUUGUUUAUAUUUUAUUAAGUGUUAAUUUAUAGAAACAUUUGUUUUGAACAAUAAUAGUAGAAUGUUAUAUUAUUUAAAUUUAUAUUACAUACGACAAAUGUCAUAUUACAUAUAUUUCAAAUUAGUUUUCAAUCUAUAUAAUGAACUUACUACAUUUUGAAUAAAUAUGCAACUAAAUGAA